AUGGCGACCAGUGAGAGACUGUGUACUUACAACGCGAGAACAGUUUCCACAGACGCUGACCUGUAUGCCCUUCGCGGAGCUGCAGAGCUUAUCAAAUUUCACGUGAUUGCUCUGCAGGAGACCAAAUGCAGAAGGAGCGACGUACAACAGAUGAAAGACGGUACACUCGUCAUUCGUGGAGAGAAGGUUCCGUCGCGAAAUGUAGGCGGGGUUGGUUUUGUUGUACACCCAUCUGUCGUCCAUCUCGUCGAUUCUCACGAGAUCCUGUCACCUCGUCUGGCCAUUCUUCGCCUCCGUCCUCUGCGCCAAAAAUCCAUCAGUAUCAUCAACUGCUAUUCACCAACAUCAACAGCUGAUGAUUCCGAAUUGGACGCGUUUUACGAGGAGCUGGAGGAAGUAGUCCGCAACGAGAAGUCCUUUUACAAAUUCGUUGUCGGAGACUUCAACGCAAAACUAGGAAAGGCCACAGAAGAGGAAUACAGGAUUGGAAGAUUUGGACUAGGGGACCGGAAUGAAAAUGGCAAUCGUCUCGCCGGGCUGUUGUCCGCCGCUCGCCUCUUUCAUGGGAACUCUCUUUUCAUGAAAAAAGAUCAUCGUCGGUGGACAUGGGAAUCGCCCAAUGGCGCGACUCGUGCGGAGAUCGACCACAUACUCACCAACCGGAGGUGGUGUCUACUUGACGUCUCAGUAGUACCAUCCUUUUGUAGUGGUUCUGAUCACCGUCUCCUUCGUGCGAAAAUACGACUUAGCCACACGAUGGAAAAGAACAUCUGCUAUCGGCAACGAAGGAGAAAAGAAGUCGUCUACGACGAUUGCGUUCUCGAGGACUCCUUGUCCCAAGGUGACUGGCACAUCGAGGAGGACCCAAACGUGGACGACGAGAUGCUGCUCAGAGGAUUACGAGCCUGUGCUGAACGUGCCUCGAAGUCGCGCACGACAAACUUGGAUCGAAUUUCGAAGACCACCAAGGAAUUGUUGGAAAGAAGAAGGACUUCGAGGCUUGAUCCGAAUGCAUUGAGCGAAGCAGCACAAAGAAGAACGAGUCUAAAGAAGUGCCGCAGGGAUCUCCGCGAAUAUAAUAUUCCGCUAGCAACCUUGCUGAGCGAAGACGGGACUCGCAUAUCUUCUCGUCGUGAGAUGGAAAUCAUUACGGAGAGGUUCUACUCGAACCUUUUCCGUUCAUCAACUCUUGUGUCAAGCCCAAUCAUCCCCACUGGCGAAGCUCCACCACGGAUUCUCCCUUCGGAAGUACGAGUCGCUAUCAAGAGCAUGAAACCUGGCACAGGCAUCGGAUCUGAUUUUAUAUCCUCAGACUUUCUUCGUGCUGGUGGGCAUCCGCUUCAUGUAAUCUUAGCAGCGCACAUGACAUCCUAUCUUCAGAAAGAAAGGAUCCCAGACCAGUGGAAGACUUCGCGAACCGUUCUUAUCCAUAAGAAAGGUGACCGAGAGGACCUUCGGAACUACCGUCCGAUAUGCUUGCUGAGCGUGUUAUACAAAGUAUUCACCAAGAUCAUCCUCACGCGCAUAUCUAGGACGCUGGAUGAAGCCCAGCCUCAAGAACAAGCUGGAUUCCGCCAAAAGUUCAGCUGCUUGGACCACAUCCAGACCGUGUCAAGGGUCAUAGAGGUUUGCCGGGAAUACCGCCUGCUCCUUGUUCUAACCUUCGUCGACUAUGAGAAAGCCUUUGACAGCGUAGAAACGAAUGCAAUACUGUCAGCGCUGGUCGAUCAAGGUGUGGACGCGUCGUAUGUGAGGACAUUAGCCAAUUGCUACGAACGAUGCACGACUAGGAUACAGCUUUUCCACCGCCGUCUCACCAUACCCAUUAGAAAGGGGGUACGACAAGGCGAUACUAUAUCGCCGAAGCUGUUCACGGCUGCAUUGCAAUGGAUAAUGAAAUCACUAUCCUGGGAAGAAAGGGGCAUACGUGUUGAUGGAAGAUUUCUUUCGAACCUUCGUUUCGCGAACGACAUCUUUCUCUUUUCGAGCAGUACCAAUGAAGCAGAAACGAUGCUCAACGAAUUGAACGAAGCAGGGAAGAGAAUAGGACUACGAAUAAACAGAAAGAAGACACAGUUCAUGCAGAACGCCCACUGCGAGGACGGAGGAGUACAACUUGAAGGCUCCCAAAUCGUGGAAACUCCGUCAUACGUAUACCUCGGACGUUCUAUGAACAUGGAAAACGACUUGAAGGAAGAACUGAAUAGAAGAAUGAGAGCAGCAUGGGCAGCAUUCGCAGCCGUCAGGGAAGCUACGGACCAACUGACGGACCAAGAUCUUCGUACUCAUCUGUUCGACUCGACAGUCCUUCCAUCGUUCUGUUACGCAGCGGAGACGUGGGCAGACACCACGGCCACGUCUAGGAAGUUACUUACUACCCACAGAGUCCUUGAGAGAUGUCUCCUGAAGUUUAACCGGCGCACACAACACCUUGCCGGUCUUCGUAGCUCCGACUUAAGAGGAAUGUCCCGUCUUCGCUACCCAGCGGAAUAUGUAUCGAAAGCAAAACAUAGAUGGGCCGGUCACAUCAUGAGAAGAAUCGAUGAUAGAUGGACCAAAAGAACGCUAGAGUGGAUCCCAAGGGACGCUAAACGCCCCCGAGGGAGACCGCCAACGAGAUGGGGUGACGUGUUCGUUGCACGGAUGGACCAGCUGAGAGCUCAGCUGGAUACGGCUCAAGGACCUCGUCAACGUCACUCACGAAGCUUGAGAACAUCUUGGAUGACAAUGGCGAGGCAACGAAACGAGUGGAAGAGAUGCUGGGGCCCGCACGUCGAGUGA